ACCGCUCUGGUAGACCUCUUUCAGGCAUUGUUAAAAAAAAAAUGCUGCUAGAAAGGGGCCCGACCUCGUGAGAAUUACCUGACGCCAGUUGACGCCAGGUCCUCAGAGGUCAUAGCGCUCGCGAUGUGCACACCCCUUUCCUUGCGACUUCUCUCUUCUCUCUUCUCUCUUCUCUCUUCUUUCUUCCUUUUUCCCUCCUCCACCACCUUUUGCACUCCUCCUUCUCCGCCCCAGUCUCCGCUCCGCCAGGCACUGGUCCUCAGCGCAGUGCAAAGCUCGCAACCUUCCCAUCUCCUCAAAAGAUACUGCUGGCCAUUCGCACGUACUCACCCUAGCCCACAGGAUUCCCUUCAGUGUCCAGUGUCCAAACGGGCGAUGUGACGGGCACCUGUUCGUGUCUCGCUUUCGUGCGCCUGAGGCUGUCGACGCAAACGAACGAUGUGCCAGAAGGAAGACGGAGCGAUAUUGCAGAUGUAGAGGUGGUGAUAGACCCGAGAGAUUGACUGACGUGCGCC